CCAGCUCCGCCUUUGCCUCCAAGGCUUUGCGGGCUUGUGCGGCGUCCGCCUCCGACUGCGGGUUGUGCUUCCGGUGCGGAGGUCAGGGACAAGAUGGUGCCGCCGGUGGAGGUCUCUCCGCUCAUCAAGCUCGGCCGCUACUCCGCCCUGUUCCUCGGUAUGGCCUACGGAGCCACGCGCUACAAUUACCUAAAACCUCGGGCAGAAGAGGAGAGGAGGAUAGAAGCAGAGGAGAAGAAGAGGCAGGAUGAACUGAAACGGAUUGCCAGAGAAUUGGCAGAAGCCCAAGAUGACAGCAUAUUAAAGUGAGUGACCCCGUGACCCUCUCUCUGGAGCAGCAGCGGAUGAAUAAAGCUUCCUGUGAUGUGUGAUA